CAGCUGACAAGACGAAAAAAAUCUUUCUUUUCAUCAUGGAUGAGUCCUCUACAAGGAGGAUUGUUCUGCUUGGAAAAACUGGAGCUGGUAAAAGUCACCUGGGAAACACCAUAUUUGAUGAGAAAAAGUUCCCGGUCCACCACACCUUCAGCUCAGGAACAAAGGAAUGUAAAGCUGAAACCAAAUCUGUCAACGGAAGAAACAUCACUUUGAUCGACACUCCUGGUUUCUUCGAUACAGGCUUGCCUGAGGAGGAGCUUGAAGCUGAGAUUGUGAGGUGUAUCACAGAGUGCGCUCCUGGGCCUCAUGCUUUUCUCAUUGUACUUAAAUUGGAGAGAAUAACAGAGCACGAGAAAGCUGUUAUAAAGAAAAUACAAAAAUAUUUCUCUGAGGAAGUGUUAAAAUAUGCAACAGUAGUCUUUACUCACGGUGACCAGCUUCCAGAAGGACAAACCAUUGAGAGGUAUGUCCUCCAGAAUGAUUUUGUGAGGGCUCUGGUGGAAAAGUGUGGUGGCCGGUGGCACGUUGUGGAUAAUAAAUACUGGAAUGGAAAGCCAGCGAAUGAAUACAGGAGCAACAAGUUCCAGGUGAAGAAGCUACUCAACACAAUAGAGCAGGCAGUGCAGAAAAAUGGAGGAGUAUACUACACCAAUGAGAUGCUGCAAAACACAGAGAAUGAAAUUCAAGAAGAGAGCAAGUCCAUUAGACUAUUAUCACCAGACACGCCGGAGGAGGAAAUCAGACAGCAGGCUAAAGUCAGUGUCUUUAAGAAACUUUUAAUCAGACUGACAGGUAUCGGAGUAGGUGCAUUGUUUUCUUGGUUUGACUAGAAAGAUUAUCACGACUGGAAUGGGAUCUCCAGCGUCAAUGGCACUGACAAUAGCAGGAGCUGGAGCAGCAGGACCAACAUUGACAGCAGUUGUGGGGUCUUAUGCUGCAGGAGGAGCAGUGAUGGA